AUGGCAAGCAGGCGGAAGUCAACCACACCCUGCAUGGUCCUCUCCAGUGACCAGGAUCCAGACCUGGAGCUGAUAUCAGAUUUGGACGAGGGUCCUCCUGUACUGACACCUGUCGAGAACACCAAAACAGAGAGCAUCUCAAGUGAUGAAGAGAUCCACGGGUCCGUGGAUUCCGACAAUCAACCCAAAAAGGUGGAAGGUGGCUAUGAAUGUAAAUACUGUACUUUUCAAACUCCAGAUCUCAAUAUGUUUACUUUUCACGUGGAUUCAGAGCAUCCCACCGUCGUGCUAAAUUCAUCCUAUGUUUGCGUCGAAUGCAAUUUUCUUACCAAAAGGUAUGAUGCACUUUCUGAGCAUAAUCUCAAAUAUCACCCGGGCGAGGAGAACUUUAAGUUGACUAUGGUGAAACGCAACAACCAGACAAUCUUUGAACAAACAGUAAACGAUCUGACUUUCGAUGGUAGUUUUGUUAAAGAGGAGAACUCCGAGCAAGCGGAAUCUGCAGACGCGCCUUCUUCGGGAAUAUCCAUCAGUAAAACCCCCAUCAUGAAAAUGAUGAAGAACAAAGUGGAGAACAAAAGGAUCACGGUUCAUCACAACUCAGCUGAGGAGGCGCCGGAAGAGAAAGAGAAUGACAUCAAACCAGACCGGGAAGACGCUGUGGAAAAUCCAAGUUCUUCAGCCUCUGAUUCCAGUCCCAGCUCUUCGGUGGUCAACAGGAUCCACCCCACUCCUGCCCACACAGUGGUCAGCCCUGCGGCAGUGCUGCCUGGGUUGGCGCAGGUGAUAACGGCCAUGUCGGCUCAGCAGAACUCCAACUUGAUUCCCAAAGUCUUAAUCCCGGUUAACAGCAUUCCAAGCUACAACACGGCCCUGGAUAACAACCCCCUUCUGCUCAACACCUACAACAAAUUCCCUUACCCCACAGUGUCAGAAAUUGCCGUUCUUUCUGCCCAAGCAAAAUACACAGAGGAGCAGAUCAAGAUCUGGUUCUCGGCCCAGCGUCUCAAACACGGGGUGAGCUGGACUCCGGAGGAAGUGGAGGAGGCGCGCAGGAAACAGUUCAACGGGGCGCUGCACAGUGUCCCCCAGACCAUCACGGUCAUCCCCACCCACAUCUCCCCCGCCAGCAACGGCCUCCCAUCCAUCCUGCAGACGUGCCAGAUCGUGGGCCAGCCGGGCCUGGUCCUCACGCAGGUGGCCGGGGCCAACCCGCUGCCGGUCUCGGCGCCCAUCGCCUUGACCGUGGCCGGAGUUCCAAACCAAACCAGCGUCCAGAAGAGCCAGGUCCCCGCCGCCGCGCAGCCGGUGGCGGAGGCGAAGCCCCCGGCAGCGGCCACGGCCACGGUCACCACGGUCACGGCAGCGGCAGGGCCCGCCUCUCAGCUGGUCAAGCCCGAGAGCACGCCCCCGAACCCCGCGAACCCCGACUCGCUCGGCAUCCGGGCCAAGAAGACCAAGGAGCAGCUGGCCGAACUCAAAGUGAGCUACCUGCAGAGCCAGUUCCCGCCCGACGCGGAGAUCACGCGGCUCAUGAAGAUCACCGGCCUGACCAAAGGCGAGAUCAAGAAGUGGUUCAGCGACACCCGCUACAACCAGCGCAACGCCAAGGGCCACCAAGGCCCGUCCCUCGGCAGCGACCCCGCGGCCCCCAUCGUCAUCGACUCGAGCGACGAAACCGCCGAGUCGUCCCCCGGCGGGGACCGGGCGCUGCCGCUCAUCAAGUUCAAGACCGGCACGGCCAUCCUCAAGGACUACUACGUGAAGCACAAGUUCCUCAACGAGCAGGACCUGGACGAGCUGGUCAACAGGUCGCACAUGGGCUACGAGCAGGUGCGCGAGUGGUUCGCCGAGCGGCAGCGGCGCGCCGAGCUGGGGCUCGAGCUGUUCGAGGAGGAGGAGGAGGAGGACGAGGAGCCGGAGGAAGGCCUGGACGAGCAGGAGGAGGAGGACGAUGAGGAGACCGAUGACAGUGACACCUGGGAGCCCCCGCGGCACGUCAAGCGGAAGCUGUCCAAGUCCGACGACUGA